UCGUCUCCGUCGCUCAUAAUCGACUCUCUCUAUUAUAUCUCUUCAAUCCUUGGUUCCUCCAUUGUAUACUUCUUCUUUUAUUGAAAAAAAAAAUUUUGAUCAAUUGGGCCCUCAACACAUAAAAUUUUAUUUUCCAGUUGUAAUCCAUUGUGAAUGUUUUAAUGGAGUCAAAAGGUGGCAAAAAGUCUAGUAGUAGUAGUUCAUUACAGUAUGAAGCUCCCCUUGGAUACAGCAUUGAAGACGUUCGACCACACGGUGGAAUUGAGAAGUUCAGAUCUGCUGCUUACUCCAACUGCGUGAGGAAACCAUCCUGAUAUCCCUUUACUUGCGAAUCCAGUAGUGUAGAAUUUUCCUUUAUUUGCAAUUUGAAUCCUUCUUCAAACCUGAAAUCUCUCUGGCUAGCUGCUUUCUAAAUACUUCCCGAAGUCCUAACUACUAGAACCAAUGGCAAUUCUAUUGGUUGACACCCCAAAUUCUCUCCCAACUUCCCCAAUUGGAUUCGAGGGCUAUGAGAAAAGGCUCGAGAUUACUUUCAGUGAGCCCCCACUCUUCCUUGAUCCACAAGGCCGAGGCCUUCGUUCUCUCUCUCGAGCUCAAAUUGACUCCAUUCUCGAGCCCGCUCAAUGCACAAUUGUCUCUCAAUUGUCCAACAAGAACUUUGAUUCUUAUGUCCUCUCCGAAUCAAGCCUCUUUAUUUAUCCAUACAAGAUUAUCCUCAAAACAUGUGGGACUACAAAGCUCCUCCUAUCAAUCCCUACGAUUCUUGACUUUGCCGCUAAGCUCUCACUCCCAAUUCUAUCGGCAAAGUACUCUAGGGGAACGUUUAUAUUUCCAGGAGCCCAGCCUGCUCCUCACCGUAAUUUCUCAGAGGAGGUUUCAGUCCUCAAUCAAUUCUUUGGCAGGCUUUCAUCAGGAGGCAAUGCUUAUGUGAUCGGUGAUCCAAAUUCACCAGGACGUAACUGGCAUAUUUACUACGCUACUGAUAAGCCUGAGCCCCCUAUGGUGACUCUAGAAAUGUGCAUGACCAGCUUAAACCCAUGUCAUGCGUCGGUGUUCUUCAAAAACUCAGAAGAUGGAGUCAAUCGCUCUGCUACAGAGAUGACUAAACUCUCGGGGAUCUCUGAUAUCAUUCCCGAGAUGGAAAUUUGUGAUUUUGAGUUCGAUCCAUGUGGGUAUUCAAUGAACGGAAUUCAUAGCCAAGCUCUGUCAACUAUUCAUGUCACCCCUGAAGAGGGUUUUAGCUAUGCUAGCUAUGAGGCUAUGGGAUUUGAUCCUGAGAAGAUUGUUUAUGGGGACUUGGUUAAAAAGGUUUUGAGGUGCUUUGCACCCUCAGAGUUCUCUCUCUCAGUCACAAUCUUUGGGGGAAGGAAGAAAGCUUGCUCUUGGGGUGAGAAUGUGAGCAUUGACGGAUAUGAUUCGAUAGAUGUUGUUGAGCAAGAACUCCCUGGUGGUGGACUACUGAUAUAUCAGAGCUUUUCAGCUUCUUCUGUGGAGAGAGCAGUAUCGCCAAGGUCUAUUCUCCAUUGCUGGGAUGGAGAAGAAGGGGAUGAUGAAUGCGGAAAAUAAAAGAUUUAUUGUGUUUCAUGGGAUAAUGGUGAUUUUUUUUCUUUUCUUUCUAUUGGUGGUGUUCAACAUUGCUUUGGGAUUGAAGCAGACAGCCAGGGUAUUAGUAUUUUGUUUUAGUUUUAUGUGUUUUUGUUGUUGUCUCGGGACUCUUUGUUUUGAGUAAUAAGCUCUAUAUGGCAGAAUGCUGUGUCUGUCUGAGAGAGUAGGGAAUUGUUUGAGGUUUGAAGAUGUUUUCAUUUCUCUGUUGCUCGAGUUAUGAACUCCUUUUAGUUUAAUGUUUGAAUAAAGGAUAACUAUUUUGUUAAA